GUUCACAGAGAGAGAGAGAGAGAGAGAGAGAGAGAGAGAGAGAGAGAGAGAGAGAGAGAGAGAGAGAGAGUAAUGGUUUCUAGGAAGCACAAGAGAGCAGCCAUGUACAAGAAGCUGCAACUGCUUCGUUCAAUCACCAACUCCCAUGCUCAGAGUAAAACCUCGAUUAUAUUAGAUGCAUCGAAGUACAUAGAGGAUCUAAAGCGGAAGAUAGAUGAAAUGAAUCGAAAUAUUGUUGUGGAAACUGUCCAAGCUUCGUUGCCCCUGCAGCUUAAGGUAGAAGCCCAAGAAAAGGGUUUUGUGAUUGAGGUGUUCGCGGAAAGGAGUUGUUGUGGUUUGCUUGUGUUCAUUUUGGAAGCAUUUGAAGAGCUGGGCCUUGAUGUGCGCCAAGCUAGGGUUUCUUGUUCAGACAGAUUUCAUUUAGAAGCCAUCGGAGCCAGAGAUAAUCAAGGAGAUCAGGAGGACCAGAUAGAUGCUCAAGUGGUCAAAGAAGCAGUUUUGCAAGCUAUUCAAUGCUGGAGUGAAACAAGCGAGCAAAAAUAAGAAAGCCAAAUCGAUCUUAUUAUAUAUAUUUGUUUUGAACUACAUAAUUUUCUUCUUUCUAGCUUCGUUUUCCCUUUAUUUUUUCAUUUUAAUUUCCAAUUAAUUACUAUCUAGAUCGGAGUUUAAUUUCUAGCUAGCGGGUACCUGUCUCUUUCCGUA